AUGAACUAUUUUGCCAUUUGCGGUGUCGUGCGUGUGACACCAUUAAUCGUUCUACCGACGAAGGAGCUCUACUUGAAGCAAGCACUGGCCGAAAGUUCAAAUGGUAGUAGAAACGAGCUGGACUUUGACAUGUUUGCACUUGAUUUCGUAUCAACAAUUCAGUUCGAUCUGUCGGGCAUUGCACAGUCUAAAAAUCUACUGAAGUGUACCACGUCUAGCCAGCGAAGCCGCCUUACGAAAGAAGACUUUGUGCUGCAGUUUGCUGAUAUAUGCGACGGAGAUCCAAUAUGGGGUAGUGCUGUGGGUGCCUUCAAGGUCUGGCUUGUCACUGCAUGCUCUUCGGGCUUUGGCAAAGAGAUCGUCCUAGCGGCGCUUGCUCGUGGAGAUCGUGUGAUUGCCACUGCGCGUGACGCCAGCAAACUUCAAGACCUCGUAGUACAAGGAGCUCGCGCUUUGAUGUUGGAUGUGACAGCAAGUGAUGCUGAGCUCCAGAAAGUGAUUGCCGAAGCUCUGAGCUUCUAUGGCACAAUCGACAUCCUCGUAAACUAA